AUGCCGCGAACCUAUUACGGCUCUGGCGCCAUCCAGCGCGGAAUUGACAGAAUUAGCCGGCCCAGCGCCGGGGGCGAGUCAGUCAUGUAUGGUCAUCACAGUCUCCAAACUGGCUCACGUGGUCUUUCGGAUUUCGAAGUGCACCAAUAUGUUGGCAAUACCCGCAGGCGCUUUGUAGUCGUCCAAUUUAAUAAGCCAGGCGGGGAAUUCGGUGGCUUACGUGGAACCGUGCGAGAGACCAACUGGAAGGACACCUUGAAUCGAUUCAUAGCGAUACUCAUUCGUCCCUGA